CCACAACGGAAAUGGUGAUUUUGCAUGCUUGAUUUUCAAGGCUGGCUCCACGAUCUUUGCUUUCUUGUUUUUUGGUGGUUACCUUCAAUUAUUCUGCUCAUCCCAUCUUCAAGUCGUGCGCAUGGUUAACACGAGGCACAAGUUCGAUGCACGUCACGGGCUGGCAAAGAUUCCGACUACCGAUAUCAAACCUGGGCUUGCUGGCUGUCUUGUUCUAAAACCUUGGUGUUGAUUGGAUAUCAAUUGUUUUGUACCCUCAAUUUUGGAUAUCGCGGGAUUUGAUAUUCAGCAACACAAGCCGUCGUCAUAUCGACCCUUUUGGACAUCGCCAUUGAAUAAUGUCAAGCUAUUUGGAUACUGGAAUUGUCGACGUUUGGCCACAAUGACGCUGGAAUUCCCGGUUAUUUUUCUGCUUCCCACCAACCUAGGAGUGGAUGAGCUCCACGAGUUGGAGGAGCAAAUACCAACCCUCACAUAUGACAUCAACGAGGCCGAAGUCGUCCUGGGAAAGGUGCACAGGAGAGAACGAGCCCUGUUCGAGCUUAGAAAACACAAGCUUGUAACUGAGGAGAUAUCGCCAGCGGAGGAAGACGAACCUACAUCUCCCAGCCCGAAGCGAAGGAGAUUCCAGACACCGGGGUCCGUUAUCACAGAAGACUCGGACACUGCGUCAGAUGGCGAAUUUCAUCCUCUCCUAACCCAGCCGACUCAGUCGACUCUUAAAGCAUCCCCCACGACUGUCAAGGUGGUCAAGCUCGCAUGGUUUACCGAGUGUCUCAAAGCCGGGACAGUCCUCCCAAUAGAUGACUAUACCUUGUACAGAGGCAGAAAACAGCUGGGCAAGCCCACCAAGCCAAAGGAAGUGUCGCCAGCAAAGGCCGCGGAUGUCAUCAAACGAGCCCUAGCAGACCCAAAGCCUUCUUUUCAUGGCUCACGGCCCGGAUCUUCUCACAGCACCGCCAGCCACGGUCGACGCGAUCACUUUAUCACCAAGGCCCCGGCAUUGCUCCAUAUGACUACCUCAGAACAUGAAGUAGAGCUGCCUCCCAUACCUGCCUACCUACACACCACAUAUGCAUGCCAGCGUCCUGCACUCAUGCAUCCGCCCAACGAGCCCUUCAUCAAGGAGCUUAUGAAGAUCAGAAUAGCCAGGACACUACUAGGCGACAAGAUUGGAGUGCGCGCGUAUUCAAGCGCCAUAGCCGCUCUCACUUCCUACCCCUAUCCUCUCCGGAGCGCCUUCGAAGUAGCGAGACUACCAGGCUGCGGCCUCAAGAUCGCCCAGCUAUACCAAGAGUACCGAGAACACGGUGAGCUACAAGAGGCCAAAGAAGACCAGUCCGACCCCCGACUCGCCGUCCUCAAGCUCUUCUACGAGAUCUGGGGCGUCGCCGAGACCACGGCCCGCGAGUUCUACAACAAAGGCUGGCGCGACCUCGACGACAUCGUCGAAUACGGCUGGGACACCCUAACGCGCGUCCAACAGAUCGGCGUCAAGUACUACGACGAGUUUCAGCAGAAGAUCCCUCGCGCCGAGGUCGAGUCCAUAUCCGACAUCAUCCUCGAGCACGCUAACAAGAUCCACCCGGGAUUCCAGAUGGUCAUCGUAGGCGGGUACCGCCGCGGCAAGCUGGCGAGCGGCGACGUGGAUGUCGUGCUGAGCCACCCAGACGAGGCCGCGACCAGGGGCUUCGUCGAGCAGAUCGUCGUGGCUCUGGAACAAUCGAACUACAUCACGCACACGUUGAUCCUGAGCACGGCCAACACGGAGCGCGGGCAGGUGCCUGUGGCCUGGAAGGGGAACGAGAAAAGAGCAGGAACGGGGUUCGAUACGCUGGAUAAGGCGCUUGUGGUGUGGCAGGAUCUGCACUGGACGACGGGCGAGAAGAAGAAUCCGAAUCCGCACAGGAGGGUGGAUAUCAUCAUCAGCCCGUGGAAGACGGCCGGGUGUGCGGUGCUGGGGUGGACAAGCGGAACGACCUUCCAGAGGGAUCUGAGGAGGUAUUGCAAGAAGGAGAGGUCGCUCAAGUUUGAUAGUAGUGGGAUUCGGAAUAGGGCUGAUGGGACUUGGGUCGAUUAUGAGAGCGGGCCGAAUGGUGAGCCGGCGCCGGAUAUGUUGACGGCGGAGAGACGGGUGUUUGAAGGGUUGGAGCUCGAGUGGCGGCCGCCAGAAGAGAGAUGUACUGGUUGAUGGGAUUCGGGGACCGGAGUUGCUGUCAUUGUAUACCUAACCUUGGAGUUGGUUAUGUAGGGGU